AUGAACCACAAUGGCCAGAAUGGACAUGUGACAUUGAUCCAUGAGACCGAGACUGUCAUUGCUGGAAACAACGGAGAGAAGUCCGACCCCGAGCAUCAAUCUCCAUGCCAACCCGCCAAAUUCGAGGAUGAACGACGCUGUAGUGAACGGCCUGCUAGCGAAGAUGGAUCGUUCACCAGCCCCGUCGACCCGAUGGACUGGGAUGGUCCGGACGACCCUGACAACCCACACAUCUGGUCUACAUGGAAGUUGGCUUAUCAUACGAUGAUACCAGCCCUCUUUGGAUUCACCGUCACCUUUGGAACAUCAGUGUAUACACCCGCGCUCGCAGACGUUAUGCGUGACUUCGACGUAUCGCGCACGGCUGCGCUCAUCGGCAUAACGCUUUAUACGCUCGGCCUCGCGUUUGGUCCAAUUGUGACCGCACCCCUUAGCGAAAGAAAGGGCCGAAAAGUCGUGUAUCUGGUGUUCUUCCCCAUAUCCAUGCUGUUUACACUCGGUGCGGGCUUCUCGAAGACCUUCGCGGGCCUGGUCAUAUGUCGAUUUUUCGCAGGGUUAUUCGGAAGUCCAGCGCUGGCUGUUGGUGCUGGAACCAAUGCCGAUUUGUUUCCACCACAUAAGCGCGCCUUGGCGACGAGCUUCUACUUGAUGGCUCCUUUCGCCGGGCCGUCUUUUGGGUAUGUGUAUCGUCCAGAGUUCAUUGCUUUACUGGAUGUUGACGUGAUGACAGACCCGUAG